GAAGAGUUCUUGGGCUUCCAUUCAGAGGACGACGCUUUUCAAAGCUCGCUGCGUGCUGCUCUAAGAUCUAAAAGAGGUGCCUCUCUGCUAUCGCAUGGUAGGAGGAAGAGGGCAUUUGCUGAGGACUCCGUUUCCAAAAGGUUGGUCAAACAAAAGGCAGUGGAAUCCCAGCGAGAUCGUAUGGUGAAAGCUUUGGCCGAGCUGCUUCAGAGGACCAAAGGGACUCCAGGGAGGAUAGGCCGGCAAGCCUCAUCGGGUCCAAAAGUGCUGAAGGUGCUUCCUAAGCAGACUCAAGCUGACCCAGAACCUGCUGACCCAUUAAAAACCACCGCUCCUCCCCUCCUUCCACCACCGACGGAGAAGACUCUCAAUUCCACUGCCUCACCCAGGCCACGAGGCCGGCCACGUGGCUCCUUCAGGAAGAAACCGGGUACCAGACCUCCUCCCAAGAGCACCAGCACCUCCUCUUCCAUCCCGGAGCCGAACAAUAGCAUACAGCUGCCCUCGUCGUGCGCAGAAGAGAUCAGCGCGUCUUCUGAACCGUCCGAAGCAUUGAAGAAACCACCGCUCAUCCUCAAGUUCUUCUCCAAAGCCAGGAGGCAUAAAUCUGGCCAGUUGGUGGUGACUCACGUCCGGCUAAAGACCCACGGUCACCGAAGGGGCCGGAAGAGGAAGUGGAGUGUGGUACCUGAAAAGAAGCUCUCCCCGCUUCCUUCGGAGGCCGUCUCUGAAUCGGAAGCGGUUUUGUCGGAACCGGAUACCUCUGACCCCGAGCCCAAACAGAAGGAAUCCCCCGCUCCACAUUUGCCCUCAGAGAACCCUGCCCCCGAAGCGUCUCCUCGGCCCAAAUCCCCAGUCUCAAAACCAGAGCCACAACUGGAGGACGUCGUCCAGGAACUGCAGCCAGCCCCGGAGACCCUCGUCCCAGAACCGGACACCUCCAUCCCAGAACCAAAGCCUUCUGUACCCGAAGGUGAUGCUGUUCCUUCGCCCAACCAGGUAUCUUGGCAACAGGAGCCCCAGCAGCCCUGUCCGUCGAGCGACGGAGCAGCCUUCCUUUCCGAGAAGGGGCCUUCUAGGGUUGCCCUGUCUAUAAGGGCACGGUGUUUGAAACGGGGCCGUGGGCGGCGCGCAGCAACUCAGCCGUUGCCAGGCAAGGUGAGGGAGGAUGCCGGGGGAACAGCUCAGCAGUCUGGUGUCGCUGGCUCUGAGGAGGUCCCGGCUCUCAAGACCACCUUCCUCAAAAACAUCCGUCAGUUCAUCAUGCCGGUGGUGAGCGCCCGGUCGUCCCGUCUCAUUCGGACCCCCCGCCGCUUCAUGGAUGAGAUUCCACAGAAGGCAACCAAGCUUUUGGAAAGCCCUGUCCCUGAUGGGGCUUUAGACAAGCAGGAAGCUUCUCUGUUGCCAUUGCAGGCCCCCACCCAGCAGCUGAACCCCUCAGUCCCCGGUUCUCCAGAAAAAGACCCCUCUAGGGCCCCUUCCUCCCCAUCUUCCCCCGGCGGGCUCCACAUAACUUCCCCGGCCUCGGCUCUGCGUGAAAAACGGCGGUCCAUCCUUCGGGAGCCCACAUUCCGGUGGACCUCACUCAGCCCCACUUUGUCCCCCAAAGAUAUGGGCAAGGCUCUCUUUCAGGUGCCCAGUGAGGAGGCAUCGCUUGUGCCCAGUGCGCCAGCCCCUGUCCCUUCCACCCCGACCAAGCGCACUCCCUUGCUACGGGCCCCCCAGUUUACACCUAGCGAGGCGCACCUUAAGAUCUACGAGUCCCUCUCGGUGUCUCCCGAAGAGUCUGACCUGGUCCCAGCUUCCCCCGAGGUCAGGAGGGAGCCCCCAGUGCCUCUGCAAGAAGCUACCUUGCUCUCCAGCGAGCCAGUGGUGACCCGCAGCGGGAAAAAGCUGGUGGGGAGGACCAACCACCUUGCUUUGCCCCACUUCACGGAGGUUCCCAAACCCCUAGAAGCUCAGAGCACGGAGCUCAUCACCAUGGAGGACGUCAAUUCCCCCGGCGUGGUACACAAGCUGGCCAUCCGGAGAGUCGUGCCUCCCUCCCCGCAAGUGGAGGAGCAAGAAGAGAAAGCGGCGGACAGUUCGGAGAGCGAAGCAGAGCCGGCAAGCCUCUCUUCGGAGGAAGCGAAGCCCCCCGUGCAGCAGCCCAAGCCCAUCGUCACGUCCCUCUCCAGCAUGGAUAAAGUUUACAGCCUGCUGACUCGUGCUAAGGUGCAGCUGUACAAGAUUGACCAACAGAAGCAAUUCAAAUUCAUUCCGGGGUGUCAAAGUAUCAAAGCCGAGGCCUUUGAGACUCCAAAAAUCCCAGCUGAACAGGAGACGCCCGAAGACCUCAACACGACCGAAGACAAAAAAGAGGUUAGAAAACAGGGCCAGGAUUCCCCGGUGCAGGGCCCACGGAUCAAGCACGUUUGUCGGCAUGCCUCGGUGGCCUUAGGGCAGUCUCGUGCGAUGGUGCCAGAGGAUGUGCCGCGGCUGAGUGCCCUGCCUCUGCGGGAGAGGGAAGAGAUUGCCGGGUCGCCCACCAUAGAGGAGACCUCGUCAGCGUCUGAGAACGAGUGUGGCCAGCAGAAACAAGUGAAGCCGGAUUCCGCCGUCAAGGCCACGCCGCCCCCUGUGCGUCGCCACGUCUCUCACCAUCACGGCAAAAAGAACCGCAUGACUCGCUGUGGGAAGUGCAAAGGAUGCCUGAGGCUCCAGGAUUGCGGCGAAUGCAUCAACUGCCUAGACAAACCAAAAUUUGGCGGGCCAAACACUAAGAAGCAAUGCUGCGUGUAUCGGAAAUGCGACAAGAUUGAAGCACGACGAGUGGAACGGCUGUCUAAGAAAGGCCGUACAGUAGUGAAGCCCAUCGCCCCCUGGGAUUCAGAGGAUUCUCAAGAGGAGUUUCCAGCCCCCUGGGAAGUCAUGCUGGGGGCCACAGAGACUGCUGAGCAAGACUCUCUGUUGCAGCGUAAGUCCGCCCGGCGCUGCGUGAAGCAGAGGCCCUCAUAUGACAUCUUUGAAUCCUCUGACUCAGACACAGAGCCGGCCUCUGGCUCAGCCACUCAUCGCCGGAAAUCUUCCCGGGACUCAGAUUUGCUUCCCGUGGACUCUGAGGAGCAAAGUCGGCCCCGUAAAAGUUCUUUGCAGCCUGUGGUGCAGUUGAAAGCCAGGAAGAAACCAGAGAAGGACAUCCCUCCUUCUGCCUCACUCCCCUCCAUCUCCAAUGGCUGGAAUGGGAAACAGAAAUCCACGGAUGGAGUCCACCGUCUCAGGGUUGAUUUCAAGGAAGACUGUGACUUGGAGAACGUCUGGCUGAUGGGCGGUCUCAGCAUCCUCACUUCAGUGCCAGUCACCACACAGGUGGUGUGCCUGCUCUGUGCAAGCAAAGGUUUCCAUCAGCUUGUGUACUGCCAGGUAUGCUGUGAUCCUUUCCAUGUCUUCUGCCUGGAGGAGGAUGAACAGCCCCUGCCCGAGCAGGAGGACAGCUGGUGUUGUCGCCGUUGCAAGUUCUGUUAUGUCUGUGACCGCAAAAACAAAGCAUCCAAGCAACUGCUGGAGUGUGAGCGCUGCAGGAACUGUUAUCACUUGGCCUGUCUUGGCCCCAACUAUCCCACCAAACCAUUCCGUAAGAGGAAGGGCUGGAUCUGUUCUGCCUGCAUCCGCUGCAAAAGCUGUGGGACAGCGCCGGGGAAAAACUGGGACACGGAAUGGUCCAGCGAUUACAGUCUCUGUUCUGCCUGCUCUGUGCUGUACAAUAAAGACGAGGGCUACGAGAUCUUGUCUAACUUGCCGGAGAGCGUGGUGUAUGCAUGCCGACCCUGCUGUGGCAGCGAUAAGACCAAGUGGCGAGAGGUCCUUCACUCAGAGCUGCGCAAGGGGCUGCGGCAGGUGCUGCAAGGGUUGCUCAGCUCCAAGUGUGUGGCGCCACUGAUGCAGUGUGCACAGUGCUGUCCGGAUGAUGGCGUGAAGGUUCACCUCCGGCCCUGCGACCUGCGCACAGUCAACAAGCUCUUUGAACAGGGACAUUACUCGUCUGUGCACAGCUUCAAUGAGGACAUAGUGGGAGUCCUAUUGGGACAAACAGAGGAAGAAGAGGUCACCUUCACUGCAAAGGAACUCUAUAUUGAGCUGAUGGGAAAGUAUUUCAGUUGGUUUGAUGCUCUGGAUGCAAAGCACUGGACCCGCAACACCUCCCUUCCCAAUGGUAUGCUUCCCAACGCAGUUCUGCCUCCUUCCUCUGACCACAUCUAUGCCCAGUGGAGGCAGCCACAAGAGAUCAGCUCAACUCACAACAGCCACCUGAGUUCUGUUGGCCCUGAAAACAUAGCUGGGAAAGAUCCAGAGCAUGUCCCUCCGCAGCAGCUGUUGGCGGACCCUGAGGAUAAGAGGCAGUGCGCUCUCUGCCUUCAGUUUGGAGAUGCUCCUUCCAAGGACGCAGGGAGGCUGCUGUACAUUGGCCCGCUGUGAGCACUGUCAACGCACCGGGGCCACGGUGGGCUGCUGCCUCUCUGCCUGUCUCAGUAAUUACCACUUCAUGUGUGCCCGCCUCUGCCAUUGUACUUUCCAGGAGGACAAAAAAGUUUUCUGCCAGAAGCACGUUGACCUCCUGGAUGGAACGGAGAUCGUCGCUGAAGAUGGGUUUGAUGUCCUACGGAGGGUCUAUGUCGACUUUGAGGGAAUCAGCUUCAAGAGGAAAUUCAUGGUGGGCCUGGAGCCGGAUACCAUCCACAUGAUGAUAGGCUCCAUGAAGAUUGAUAGUUUGGGGAUGCUGACGGACUUGUCCGAAUGCGAGGGGCGGCUUUUACCUGUCGGCUACCAGUGUUCCAGAUUAUAUUGGAGCACAGUGGAUGCCCGUAAGCGGUGUGGAUAUACAUGCCGGGUCAUGGAGUAUCGGCCAAAGCUGAGCCAAGAAGAGCCAGAUGCCUCAGGAAUGCAGGAAGAGAACCACACAAUUGUGCACAGCCCUGCUGCCCCUUUGGCCCCUAACCUCAGAGACAAGCCACUUCAGGAGGCCCCUUCUCCUGUACCAUCACUGGAGCGCCACUCUCCUGCCCAGAACCCAGGACCUCUGCCACCUCCAGAGCCUGCUGUCUCCAAGCCUAAACCUCUCACUGGAGCUCGCAUCAAAGUGCCCAACUACUCUCCCACCCGCCGGCCCCUAAGCGGGGUGUCGUCCCGCCCGUUGCCUUCUCCCGGAAGCGCAUCAUCCAUGUCCCAUCAUAUCUUGACUGUGGGUGACCCUGACUUCCCUCCUCCACGCCGCACACAACGCCUCAGCCCCAUGUCACCUAGCAGCAACCCUCGCCCCCGCCGGUCCCCUCUCCCACCCCAGGCCCCUGCUAGCAGGACUAGCCCCCCCAGCACCUCUCUCAGGGCAAUGCCACCCCUCCCAGACUACCCCACGGCUGGGAAUGGCUUCAGGCAUCCUUCUACCUCAGCCGGGUGUGACGAGCAGCGGCCCGUAGCUACCUCACCCCCACCCUCUUCCCCCCCUGUGCCGCCAGAGUUGGCCUUUGAGCUCAAUGUCUCUGACUUGGAAUUUGACGAUAGCCUUCUGGAUGAGCCUUUCCAGGAAGAAGAGUUGGGAGGGCCACGGACAUGUCCCCCUUCACCCAACCUGGGCCUGCCCCAGUUAGAUGGGCUGGGCGACGGCGAGAGUGAGGAGGAAGGAGAGGCCGACCGCUACUUCCGCUUCCCGCGUACAGUGGUGACCCGAGACCCACCUCUGCCGCCUUACCCGCUGGAUCUCCCGCUGCCCCAUAUCCACCAGCUGGAUGGCAUAGACGAUGGCACUGACAGUGAGGCGGACGCGACGGGAGGACACCCUUCCACCAAGGGCAAGCAGCCCGAGCCAAGGGUCGAGCGAGAGCUGGCCGGCCCCACUCCAGCUCCAGAGGACUUGCCCUCGGACAUUGUGGACUUUGUGCUGAAGAAUAUGGAUGCCCCUGAGAGCAAGGCCAGCCCCCCUACUUGCCUCAGCCCAAUGCCACUGCCACCGGCACCGCCUACCUCUGCCAGCCUCAAUGGCACUGAGCCAGCCCAUCCCAGCCCUGCUCCGGAUCCAGCUCCAACCUUAACCCUCGGUUGCGCCCAAGUGCCCCCCAUCCCUGAAGUGACGACAGUGCUGGCACCCGAGGCACAAAAGCCCAAUUCCAGAAUCAUUCUGGUGAACAAGCUGGCCCAGGUGUGCAUGAAAGUUCAAGGCGAGGAAAGCCCAUUGGCCACUCAAGACGGGGAACAGGCUUUCAAACCAAACCCCACGCCGAUCUCCGCUGCUCCCAACCUGGGCACGGUCAUUCUGCGGGCACCUCUGGGCCUGGCUCCUAACCCCUUGCCCACCUGGACAAUCCGGGGCCCGGUACUUAGCAUGGUACCCAUGAUGAACGUCGUGGGCACCACAUCUCAGGCAGUUGGCGGUGGGCAGUUGGCACUGAGUACCCCAGCUCUGGUGACGCCUUCCCUGGGCCUCCCGCAGACGUGUCUUCUCCAGCCUGUCGCCAUGAAUUCCGGUGUGCUUAGUAUUCCUGGUUUGGUGUCAUUGCCCGGCCCUCGCCCAGCCAUCCGGGUCAAGAGAGUUUCCACCUUUGUCGGGAAUGUGCCUGUCAAGAAGAUAAAAAUGGACGGAGUUAAUGACGAGGAGCCCCCUCCCCCUGUAUCCCCAACAGUUACUCCUGAUCACUUGGCAAACAAUUGCAUUUCCGGCAGUAUAAUAGGCCCUGGCAUUGGGAGGGUACGGAUGAAGACGCCCACGACAAAGGGCGUCCUAAACCUGGAUGCAUUCAAAGAGGAGACGAGCAUCGUCAGCGAAAGCGAGCAGUCUCCGAUGGAGCAUUCUCCUUCCUUGGCGGCAUUGCAUUCCCACCCUGGAUCCCCAGAGCAGAUCCAGAAGUCUGUGCUGGAACAUGUCUGGCAUAGAUACGCAGGAAAUGCACCUUUGACAUGUUCAACUUCUUAGCCUCUCAGCAUCGUGUGCUUCCUGACGGUGGCCCUUACGAUGAAGAAGAAGAUGAAGUACAGCUGAAAUCCACCAGGGCAUUGGGUGCUACAUGUUCCGCAUUGAUGACUUUGAUGUGGUGGACGCUACGAUGCACGGCAACGCCGCCCGCUUCAUCAACCACUCCUGCGAGCCCAACUGCUACUCCCGCGUCAUCCACGUGGAAGGCCAGAAGCAUAUUGUCAUUUUCGCCCUGCGCCGGAUCUUCCGGGGCGAAGAACUCACCUACGACUACAAGUUCCCCUUCGAAGAUGCUGGCAGCAAACUCCCUUGCAAUUGUGGAGCCAAGCGCUGCCGUCGUUUCCUCAAUUAAAGACCGGUCCCUCACCUGGCUUUCCAGUUCCAUACGCUUGCCCAGCCUCUUCCCGGUGUCCGCGGGAAGCCAGGCCAAGCGGAUGGAAGGGGAGCUUUAAUCAUGGCAUAACCUUUUGGCGGGCUGCUGCGUUGCUGACUCAUCCUUUUUAAUCCCUUGAAGCGUGUGACUCCAAGGGCCUCAAUCAUCUCCAAAGAGCAUCAGGGAUGCCCGUCUUGUGGGUGAUGAGGAAAAGCUCUUAGCAGCAGCUCGGUCCUUUAUUAUUAUUAUUUUCGUGGCUUGAAAUUAUGAGACGCAGAGAUCCAGGGCAAAACAAAAUGCGGGAAGAAUCACCUCUUAUUUGUGCCCCUCUCCUUCUGCUUCAUAGACCUCUUUCCCUUCUUCUUCCUCCUCCUCCUCUUCUUCCCCCUCCGCACCUCCCCAAAUCCUGUGGGGCAAGAACAAUCUUUUAUUUUGUACUUUUAAAUUUUGUGGGUUCCCCCCCCUCCUUCCUCCAAGAUGAUCCUCUGUUUUAAAGAAGAAGAAAAAAAAUACAUCAAACCCAGGAGGAUGUAAAUAGUUGUACAAAUUUCUAAACCUGUUUAUUUUCUAUGCACUUUUUUUAUUUAAGAUGCUCAGUCAACUCAGACGGGAAAGGGUUGGAUUCUUGUUGGUAUAAUUUUAAAUAAAAAGCAAUUUUGACACAA